UCUGCCGACCAGAAGCAGAAGAGCGGGACGACUUACAUCACCUCGUUGACGUCUCCGGUUAUACCGGCGCGGGGAAAAAAAAAAGAUUGAGUCAGCGCCCUAAAAGCGAGGGCAGCUCUCGCGGCACGCCGCGAGCGGAGAGCGAGCUUCCAACUUUGACUGUCAAGGUCGCGUCGGGUUCGCUUCCCCAUUGGACGCUCGCGCGGCGAGCCUCCUUUGGAGCUCCUCUCAUAAAAGAGGACUUCGCACCGAAACUUUCGCAUCGACCGAUUUCAACAGUGAAGGGCAGGACGGUUCCGAUCCCAGGUCAGACUUGGAACAUGGAUUUCAAAGCCAGCCUCGUGCUCUUGGCCGCGACACAGGUCGUGCUCGGAUUCCACCCCGUCGUCGAGACACCUUCCGGAGCAGUCAUGGGGAACCGGGUUCAUCACAAGGGAAAAGACGUCGACGUGUUUUACGGAAUUCCGUACGCCAAGCCCCCGCUCGGAGAGUACCGCUUCAAGAAGACCUAUCCCGUAGACCCUUGGAGCGGGGUGUUGAACGCGACGGUGGAGCCAAGCGCCUGUGUUCAAGUUUCGGUGAAUGUCGGCGAAUUGAAGCGGGCGCCUCUUCUGGACGUGCUUCAGGUCAAGAAUAGCAGCGAGGACUGUCUCAAGCUGAGUAUCUGGCGUCCGGCGACUUGUCAAAGGGGGUGCAAGAAGCUUCCGGUGUUUGCGUUCAUCUACGGCGGAGCCUUCGUUAUCGGUGACGCGUCGCUCUUUUUGUACGACGGAGUCAAUUUCGCGGCAUCGACGGAGAUCGUCUAUGUGACCUUCAACUAUCGGUUGGGCGUCUUUGGGUUCUUGAAUUCCGGCACCGAAGACGCACCCGGAAAUAUGGGACUUCUCGACCAAACGAUGGCAUUGCGUUGGAUCAAGGACAACAUUGAAGCUUUCGGCGGGGACCCCGAAGAGGUAACAAUAGGUGGUCAAAGUGCGGGAGCCAUAUCGGCAGGUUACCACAUGAUGUCACCCUUGAGUAAAGGACUUUUUAAGAGGGUCAUCAUGGAGAGCGGGAACCCCUUUACAAUGACGCCUGGUCACAACAUGGAGGGAUUGGGCCAGAUGGUCGAACUUGCCGUGGCUGUUGGAUGCUACGAUCUCGAGAAAGCGGCCGAAGAGCAAGUCGGGGACGUGCUGAGAUGCCUCCGGAAACUGGACGCGAAGCAAUUGUUGGAUACCGCCCAGGAAAAGCUGGGAACUAAGAUGAUAUUUUAUUUCCCCCGGGCAGGGAAUGAAUUCUUGCCCGUGAACCCCGCCAACGUCGAUGACUACACCCUGAAUGGAGAAGCAGUGUUAAUGGGCCUCAACGAGAAAGAAGGUGCCGUAUUCGCGUUCGCAAUUCACAAAAGGUUUUCAAAUGCAACUGAGGUCUUGCAGCAAAACUACGUUUCCGUGAUGCGGAUUGCCGUCAUGACCUUCUUUAAGGUGGGAGUGCGAGACGCCCAAAAAAUAGCUUUAAGCUACACGGACGACAAAUAUGAGUUGACGUUUGAUGAGCUAAAAGAAACGGCCAGCCAAUCUUUCGGCGACUGUCUCUUCAACUGUCCUCAUGAGGUCUUCACCGAUCAGAUCGUGAAGAAUAAGAUUCCUUUGUAUAAUUACGCCUUCUUACACAAGCCGUUGGAGAGCUUUUUCGGCACCUUCACCGAUGCAUCGACGCAUGCUGAAGAUGUGGCUUUUCUGAGGGGCAUAUUGGAGACGCACAAGGAUGAACUGAAAAAUGUCACCUCUCCAACCAACUACGGGCUCUCGGAAAACCACGUGACGCCGCUUGAGGAGGUCACAUUCAGCAACGAGCUCAUGCAGUCUUGGGCAGCCUUCAUCAAAACUGGUAAGCCAAAGAUCCCCAAGACAGACCAAGACUGGCCCAAAUACACCAAGGAGGACAAGGCAUACGUCAUCUUGAAGCCCAACGACUACAGCGUCGCCCAUGGACCGAGGUCCAAGAAGUGCCACCUCUGGGAGCCAUACCUUGUGAAGAGGAAACAAGCUCCAACGUCUCCCGCCCCGAAGCCCAAGCCCACUCCCAAGUGGAUUCCAGAGAAGCGCCCCAGCAAACCCCUCCGGCCUAUCGACAACGUCAUCGAUUCCGCGGCCACGACGCUGCCCGUGUCCCAAGCGCUCGGCGCCGUCUCCCUACUGCUCUCCUUCGCCCUAUCAAGAUCUCAGUUCUUGUAACCGGAGGACACGUCCUUCUGGAGAUUAUGUCACCAUUGUCCUUGUCUUGCCAGGCGCAGGUUUGGCGCAAGACACACGCUGAGCUUAGCAGAGGACGCCUAACCUGUAAAUGACGUUCGAAACGUGUAUGUUUACAAGAAUACAAUCGAGUGAUUAUGAAUGGAAAAUGACAAAAUUCUGGAUUCAGCCUGUGCUGCCUUAUUUUUGGUAUGGCAGUCGAAUGAUUUCCACUGUGAACUACCUUUGAUGGCUUCAUGGGUACUACAGUUUUAAGCUGCCGUCAUCUCAAUAAGUUGAAGAGUUCUUAUUCUUUUGUUUUGUAAUAUUGUUCGAGCUCAUGGGAUUUGAAUACCAAUUAUGAUCCGUAAGGUAAAAAAAAAAAAAAAAAAAAAUUAAUAUAGGGUGUUUUGGUAUGUGUCAUAUUUUGAAGUAUCUAUAGUUGAGAUAACACAUAUAAUAAAGUCUUAGUGGUUAUAAAACCAUGUCAGAUGGGAAUCAGAGUCGUAAUUUAUUUCAGCACUUUUGGUAGAAUGAAAAGCAACAUUGAGCAAAUAUUUUCAAACAAAACAGGGAGAUGAAAACGGGAGUCACCUAAAAACGUGUGUUUCUAAUUAGAAUUAUAUUACGCCUAUGCACCGUAAUUCAUGCUCAGUUCAUCCAAAACGUGGGAAAAUACCUUUAAACCACAACUCAAAUUGCAGAUUUUCUGUGAGCAGCGUCGCUGCGACGUCGAACUUCCACUUCUAGGAGCAACAAUACAUCUGUAGCGGGUAAUCAAGAAAGGGGAGGAGUAAAAAAAAGUCGAGUGAGCGUAAGAAGGUGAAUCUUGUGAAAGUAAUGAACUUGAAGUGUAAGCUUGAGCUCAUUGGUGUUCAUAUUGUCAGAUAUUUAAUGACGGUAUCGCGCUUUUGGAAGAAAUUGUGACAUUUGCCACCAGGCAUCCAGAACUGUUACCUUUCUCUAGGGCAGCCAUUAAUUUUUUUUUUAUUUUUGGGAACGAACAUUAGGGAAUAUUAUCGCAGGUUUUUUCAUCGUGUUUUGUCUACACCAGGUAGCUUACACCCUUUCUGUGUGAAGUCAAGGUUCAUUUGGUAUUUUAAGCUGAUAUAGGAUGUCUAAAGCAGAUAUCACUGUUGGGUUUAUUGCUCAAAACGUUUAUUAUGUGGUCUUUUGUUUUUAAUUCUUGGUGCAUUUUUGUUUUAGAAACAAGGUAUAUGUCUCUAUUUAACCUGUAUAUGGCCCACAGAUAGUGCACGCCCAAGAUAGAAGAUUCGCUUGCCCCGCGCGUUGUCUGUUUCUGUACACGUAGAAGAGACCAGAUAAGCUUCUAAGACGUGCUAAAAAUUAUGCGCUGCUUUUGCUGCCUCUCUCAGGAAACUCAUGUGGCCCAACGUGAACAAAUGGUUUUGUUAAAACCGCGUUCGUAAACUUUUGGAAUUUCUCUAUCUUCUGAGUGAGGCACAGUUUAGCAUUUUAGCAUGAGCGAAGAUUUGUGUCUGGUUCCGUUGAAGUUCUUUUCUUUUCACAAUGAUUACUGUUGUGUAUAUUUCAUUCUCCUUCGCUCUGAAGCCUUUUUUUUUGUCUGUUCGCAACUAUCAAGGUCGAUGCUACACCAUAAUUAAAAAAUGGUUGAAUGUUAUUGCUUUUUAUCAAGCAGAACAUCAAGCAUUUUCCGUUUGUGCGUACCUGCUUUCAAAGGGAGCAUUUCUUUUGUACAUAUUUAUUUUUCUUCAUCGAGGAAACGUGAAGCGAUUAAUUCGUUUUACGAAGCAGUGUAUGAAUGCGGCCCAUCGAGUGCGUGAAUUCAAUAUUGUAUGCUAUCGUGCUGUAUAUUUGUUACACGUCUCAAAGUUUACUGCGUUGACCCGAGCAUAUAUAGAGGUUACGUGAAAAUUUAGUGUACGUCUUGUGGGAAUGGUGUUCUUCAUUCCAUUAAAGGAAUUGUAAAUAGUAGGUAACUCGCUAAUAAAAAUACAUUUUGGUAAUAUG